AUGGGACUACUGGACAAGAUCCCUUCACGGCUGACAAGCAGCUGCCUGAACUUCCGAUUCAGUGUCGCCAUGCUGGUUGAGUCUUUCUCCAGCCUGCCAGCCCUCCUUGCCUCCCCCAUCCCUCCUGCAGCUCUUGUCUGCUGGAUAACAGUCUUCCUCCUCCAGUGUUCAAAAGCAACUACAGACGCUCCUGUUGGCUCAGGACUGUGGCUGUGCCAGCCGGCGCCCAGGUGUGGGAACAAGAUCUACAACCCUUCAGAGCAGUGCUGUUAUGAUGAUGCCAUCUUAUCCUUAAAGGAGACCCGCCGCUGUGGCUCCACCUGCACCUUCUGGCCCUGCUUUGAGCUCUGCUGUCCCGAGUCUUUUGGCCCCCAGCAGAAGUUUCUUGUGAAGUUGAGGGUUCUGGGUAUGAAGUCUCAGUGUCACUUAUCUCCCACCUCCCGGAGCUGUACCAGGUAAAGGUCCCUACCUUGCUCUUAACUAAAGGAAUGAGGGAGGGAUGAGGGAUACAGAGGGCUUGAAGAGGAACUCCUGUUUGUGGAGUUCUAAUGGCAAAAGAGUCAGGCUGGUGGGAGCAGGGGAAAGCAAAAAGAAGCAGCAGAUAAGCUAUAAGUCUGCCUUUCUUCCUGGUCGAGGACAAACAGUCCUCCUGCAUAAAUAACUCGCAAUCUUCUUGCACCCAGCUAUCACCAGAUGCUCAGCUGGUAGAAAAAUGCAAGCCGUGCAGUUGCCUUCCUGAUGUAAAAAAACAUGCUAAAUAAUCCAGUGUCGGGAAGACAAAGAUGUUUUGCUUCUCUGAAGAAGCUUAUAAUAAUAUACAGUAUAUGUAUAUGCAGGGAACAAUUGGUCAAAAGUGGCUUUUUGUUUCCCCAAGGGGAAAGACUGGCUUUGUAAUUAUAAUUUUUUCCUUACUUUACUUAAAACUGGUAGAGUCUAAGUAUUGUAUGAAGUGUCCAUGAUUCUGUCAGUAAAUUUGAGCAUAUUUUUAUUAGUUAAUGUCAGUUUAAGUAGUC